AUGUAUGAUCACCUGGGACCUACCUAUGACCACCUGGGACCUAUCUAUGACCACCUGGGAUCUACCUAUGAUCACCUGGGACCUAUCUAUGAUCACCUUGGACCUACCUAUGACCACCUGGGACCUAUCUAUGAUCACCUUGGACCUACCUAUGACCACCUGGGACCUAUCUAUGAUCACCUUGGACCUACCUAUGACCACCUAGGAUCUACCUAUGACCACCUGGGAUCUAUCUAUGACCACCUGGGAUCUAUCUAUGACCACCUGGGACCUACCUAUGACCACCUGGGAUCUACCUAUGACCACCUGGAAUCUAUCUAUGACCACCUGGGAUCUACCUAUGACCACCUGGGAUCGACCUAUGAUCACCUGGGACCUAUCUAUGAUCACCUUGGACCUACCUAUGACCACCUGGGACCUAUCUAUGAUCACCUUGGACCUACCUAUGACCACCUGGGACCUAUCUAUGAUCACCUUGGACCUACCUAUGACCACCUGGGAUCUAUCUAUGACCACCUGGGAUCUACCUAUGACCACCUGGGAUCUACCUAUGACCACCUGGGAUCUACCUAUGACCACCUGGGAUCUACCUAUGACCACCUGGGAUCUACCUAUGCAACUCGUAUAGCAACAACUGUAAGGAGAAAGAACUGUUAA